AUGGCGGGGGCGGGGGCCGCCCUGCUGGCCCUGGUCCUGCCGCUGGGGAGCCUGGCGCUGGCGGCGGCCGGGGCUGUGGACGGUAGGGCUGUCCCCAAGGAGCUCCCAGGACCUGCUGGCAUCCAGGAGUACCAGCAGCAGGUCCCCUCUCGUUUCUCUGGUCCUGCUGGGUCUCCUAAAGAUCAGUGGCGGCUCCUGGAGGAGCGGCUGGGGCAGCUGGAGGCUGAGGUGACUCAGCUGACAGAGCAGAACAAGGAUCUGCAGGCGAGAGUGAGGCGGUUGGAGUCCUGUGAGUGUCGCCCUGCUGCUCCCCAGUGCUGGGGGGUAGGACGCGCCUGGCCUGAGGGGGCUCACUGGGAGCCAGACGCCUGCACAGCCUGUGUCUGCCAGGACGGGGCUGUCAGCUGUAGUCCCCAGCCCAACUUGCCCCAUUGCCGUGGCUGCAGCCACAAUGGUCAGACCUACAGCCAUGGGGAGACCUUCUCCCCAGAUGCCUGUACCACCUGCCGCUGCCUGGCAGGAACCGUGCGGUGCCAGGGGCCCUCAUGCUCCCAGCUCAACUGCCUGGAGAGCUAUACCCCACCUGGAGAAUGCUGCCCCAUCUGCUGCAUAGAGGGUAAUUCUCACAGGGACCAUGGCCAAGAGUGGACUUCAUCUGGGGACCCCUGCCAGAUCUGCCGGUGUCUGGAGGGGCACAUCCAGUGCCGCCAGAAAGAAUGUGCCAGCCUGUGCCCCUAUCCGGCCCGGCCCCUCCCAGGCACCUGCUGCCCAGUGUGUGAUGGCUGUUUUCUAAAUGGAAGGGAGCACCGCAGCGGGGAGCCUGUGAGCUCUGGGGACCCUUGCUCUCAUUGCCGUUGUACUAAUGGGAGUGUCCAGUGUGAGUCUCUGCCCUGCCCACCUGUGCCCUGCAGACACCCAGGCAGGAUUCCUGGACAGUGUUGCCCAGUCUGCGAUGGCUGUGAGUACCAGGGACACCAGUAUAGGAGCCAGGAGACCUUCAUGCUCCACGAGGGGAGACGCUGUGUCCGCUGCUCCUGCCAGGCUGGUGAGGUGUCCUGUGAGGAGCAGGAGUGCCCAGUGGCCCCCUGUGCCCUGUCUGCCUCUGGCCCCCGGCUCUGCUCAGUCUGUGUGCUAAAUGAAGAGGAGUUUGCUGAGGGGGCCCAGUGGGAACCCGAUGGUCAGCCUUGUACCACCUGCUCCUGCCGAGAUGGGGUGCCAGUGUGUGGGGUUGUGCUCUGCUCCCCUGCCCCCUGCCAGCACCCCACCCACCUCUCUGGGGCCUGCUGUCCCAGCUGCGAGAACUGCAGCUACCAUGGUCAAGUGUAUGCCAAUGGGCAGAACUUCACAGACCCGGACAGCCCGUGCCACACCUGCCACUGCAAGGAUGGCACUGUGAGGUGUUCCUCAGUUGUCUGCCCUCCCACCACCUGUGCCCGGCCCCAGCGUGGACCUGGUCAGUGCUGCCCUAGGUGCCCAGAUUGCGUCUUGGAGACACAGGUGUUUGUAGACGGCCAGCGCUUCUCCCACCCCGGAGACCCUUGCCAGGAGUGCCGGUGUCUCGAGGGCCGUGCCAGCUGCCAGCCUCGUGCCUGCCCCAGCGCGUCCUGUGCCCACCCUUUGCCUGGAGCCUGCUGCCGGAGCGACUGCAGCGGCUGCGCCUUCGGAGGGAAAGAAUACCCGGACGGGGCGGACUUCCCGCACCCCACCGACUCCUGCCGGCUGUGUCGCUGUCUGAGCGGGAACGUGCAGUGCCUGGCGCGCCGCUGCGCACCCCUGUCCUGCGCCGAGCCGGAGCUGCGGCCGGGAGAAUGCUGCCCGCGGUGCCCGGACGCCCGUGCUAGCUGUGCACGGCCUGGGGACAAUGUCCCAGCCCGCCACCAGGAGCACUUCACUCCACCUGGCGACCCCUGCAGCCGCUGCCUCUGCCUGGACGGCUCCGUGUCCUGCCAGCGCCUGCCCUGCCCGCCCGCGCCCUGCACCCACCCUCGCCAGGGGCCCUGCUGCCCCUCCUGCAAUGGCUGUUUGUACCAAGGGAAGGAGGUUGGCAGCGGGGAGCGCUUCUCAUCGCCCACCAGCCCAUGCCACGUGUGCCUUUGCUGGGAAGGCAGUGUGAGCUGUGAGCCAAGGCCUUGUGGCCCUGCACAGUGUCCCUUCCCCACCAGCGGCCAAUGCUGCCCUGCCUGUGAUGGCUGUGAGUACCUGGGUGCAUCUUACCUGAGCAGCCAGGAGUUCCCAGAUCCCCGAGAUGCCUGCAAUGUGUGUACCUGCCUCAAAGGCUUUGUGACCUGCCGCCACCGGCCCUGUGAGCCUCCAGGCUGCAGCCACCCUGUCACCAAGCCAGGACACUGCUGCCCAACCUGCCAAGGAUGCCUGUACCAUGGGGUCACCGCUGCCCCUGGAGAGACUCUUCCUGACCCGCUUGACCCUAGCUGCUCCCUCUGUACCUGCCAGGAAGGCUCCAUGCACUGCCAGAAGAAGCCGUGUCCCCCAGCGCUCUGCACGCACCCCUCUCCUGGCCCCUGCUUCUGUCCUGUCUGUCACAGCUGCCUCUCUCAGGGCCAGGAGCACCAGGAUGGGGAGGAGUUUGAGGGCCCUGCAGGCAGCUGUGAGCUGUGUCGCUGUCAGGCUGGCCAGGUCAGCUGUGUACCACUACAGUGCCCUCCACUUCCCUGCCUGCUCCAGAUCACAGAACCAGGGAGCUGCUGUCCUCGCUGCCGAGGCUGCCUGGCUAAUGGGAAGGAGCACCCUGAGGGCAGCAGCUGGGUACCCCAGGAUAGCCCCUGCUCGUCCUGCCUGUGUCACGAGGGCGUUGUCACCUGUGCCCGCGUCCAGUGUGUCAGCGCCUGCAUCCGACCCCACCAAGGGCCCAGUGACUGCUGUCCCCGAUGCUCUGACUGCGAGCAUGAGGGGCGGAAGUACGAGCCUGGAGACAGCUUCCAGCCUGGGGCAGACCCCUGUGACGUGUGUGUCUGUGAGUCACAGCCGGAGGGGCCACCCAGUCUUCGCUGUCACCGGCGGCAGUGUCCCAGCCUGGUGGGCUGCCCGCUCAGCCACAUCCUGCCUCCCGGGCCCCAGCUCUGCUGCCCUACCUGUGCGCAGGCCCUGCGUAACUGCACAGAGGGCCUGCUGGGGUCUGAGCUGGCCCCUCCAGACCCCUGCUACACCUGCCAGUGCCGGGACCUGACAUGGAUCUGCAUUCGUCGCACCUGUCCUGAGCUCAGCUGUCCCCUGGUGGAGCGCCACACUCCCCCUGGGAGUUGUUGCCCUGUGUGCCAGGCCCCCACCCAGGCUUGCCUGCACCAGGGACGCCAGGUGGCCUCUGGGGAGCACUGGGCAGUAGACACCUGUACCAGCUGCUCCUGUGUGGAGGGCACUGUGCGCUGCCAGAGCCAGCGCUGCCCACCACUCUCUUGUAACCAGGACGAGGCACCUGCCCUGAGUCCUGGCAGCUGCUGCCCCCGCUGCCUGCCCCGGCCUGCUUCCUGCAUGGCCUUCGGAGACCCGCACUACCGCACCUUCGACGGCCGCCUUCUGCACUUCCAAGGCAGCUGCAGCUACGUGCUGGCCAAGGACUGCCGUGGCAGGGACUUCAGUGUGCAGGUAACUAAUGACGGCCGGGGCCGCAGCGGCGUGGCCUGGACCCAGGAAGCGACUGUACUGUUGGGAGACGUGGCCGUGCAGCUGCAGCAGGGCGGGACAGUCACAGUAGACGGGCGCCCCGUGGCUUUGCCCUUCCUGCGGGAGCCGCUGCUGUACGUGGAGCUUCGAGGACACACUGUCAUCCUGCACGCCCAGCCUGGGCUCCAGGUGCUGUGGGAUGGGCGCUCGCAGGUGGAGGUGCGUGUGCCAGGCUCCUACCGCAGCCAGACCUGCGGGUUGUGUGGGAACUUCAAUGGCUUCGCCCAGGAUGAUCUCGCAGGCCCGGAUGGGCUGCUCCUGCCCACGGAGGCGGCGUUUGGGAAUAGCUGGCAGGUCCCAGAAGGCCCAGGGCCCGGCCGUCCCUGCUCUGCAGGCCGUGAGGUAGAUCCGUGUCGGACUGCAGGUUACCGGGCCAGGCGAGAGGCCAAUGCCCGGUGCGGACUGCUGAAGUCCUCCCCGUUCAGUCGCUGCCAUGCUGUGGUGCCCCCAGAGCCGUUCUUUGCCGCGUGUGUGUAUGACCUGUGUGCUUGUGGCCCUGGCUCCUCAGCCGACACCUGUCUCUGUGACGCUCUGGAAGCCUAUGCCAGCCACUGUCGCCAGGCGGGGGUGACGCCUAACUGGAGGGGCCCUACACUCUGUGCGAUGGGCUGUCCCCUGGACCGUGGCUUUGUGUUCGACGAGUGCGGGCCACCCUGCCCCCGUACCUGCUUCAACCAGCAUGUCCCCCUGGGGGAGCUGGCAGCCCACUGCGUGAGACCCUGCGUUCCGCGCUGCCAGUGUCCCGCGGGCCUGGUGGAGCACGAGGCGCACUGCAUCCCACCUGCCGCAUGCCCCCCUGUGCUGCUCACACGAGGUCAGCCACCCCCCACGCAGGAGCCCUGACCAGGACCCAGCAUGCCAGAAGCCUCCCUAUGGAGAACAGCCACCACU